GUGCAAAUCAUCUCUGUAGAUCUCACACCGCAUGAGUUACACUGUGGGUCCACAGGAGAAGUCUUCAGUGAAACUUUACGCUUUGACAAGUCAAGUUAUCAAUGGGGAGAUGCAGUUCUACGCCAGGGCCAAACACUUCUACCGGGAGGUGCCAGCCACAGAAGAGGGCAUGAUGGGAGACUACAUUGAGCUCUCCAAUACAGACAUUGAAUCCUCCAGGGAAUUUCUCAGGAAUUUUGUUGGGGGGGUGGGGAAAGCUGGCACCAACCGCGCCCUGGACUGCGGCUCUGGGAUAGGUCGUAUCAGCAAGCAUGUCCUGCUACCAGUUUUCAAGAGCGUGGAACUGGUGGAUAUGAUGGAGAAUUUCCUGGCUGAGGUCCCGAACUACCUGCAGGGCAAGGAGGACAGAGUAGAGAUGUAUUAUUGCAAAAGCCUCCAGGAAUUCACUCCAGCUCCACAAAGAUAUGAUGUCAUCUGGAUUCAGUGGGUUUCAGGAUAUCUGACAGAUAAAGAUCUCCUGGAGUUUCUCAUCCGGUGCCAGAAUGGCUUGAAGGACAACGGUGUUAUCAUUCUCAAGGACAAUGUAGCCAGGGAGGGCUGUAUCCUGGAUUGUCUGGAUAGUAGUGUGACCCGAGACCUGGACAUCCUCCACAGCCUCAUCGAAAUGAGCGGACUCACCAUCCUACGGGAGGAGAGGCAGGAGGGAUUCCCUGAGCAGUGUGUCCCUGUCUGGAUGCUGGCCAUGCAGAAAGGCCCUGGCCAUUCCUGACUGCAUAGUGAGACUGCAGAGACUGGACUGUGGAUGAACAGCAGGACUGAGGAGCAGAAAAGCAUCGACUAGAAUCCUCCUAACCGUGCACUGCUACUACUACACUUGGGCAGCAACUACUAAAGGAUCGUGAGAGAAUUACAACUGAGCCAGCUUCUACAGGGAAUAGUCUGCUUCUAAAUCCUGCCUGCUUCAUCAUUCUCUCCAUUUUUAAAAGUCUUUCUAGCAGUGCCUUGUCAGAUCUCUCUUUCAUUAAGGAGUCAAUACUGGACAAAACUCAACUAGUAGAAAAUAAUUAGGUCUGAAGUUUCUGUAGUGGCUAAUACAUUUUGGAGUGUUCUGUAUGAGGUGUUAAGAACUAAGCCUGGUUUUUACUACAGCACUUAAAUCUUUUUGGAAUUUAAGAAGGAUCUGUCAGAUCACUGAAGCAGGAAAUUCAAAUAACUUCUGGAAAACCUAACCCAAAUUUUGACUGUCAUCACUAUCUGUACUUUAAAAUACUUAAACCAAAAAUGUAAGGAAAUAUUUUAUCCAUUUGUUAGCAUCAGCUAUGCAGUUUAUUUAUUUUUUUGCAUUUCUGCCAGUUUGGACAAUAAGACAACCUGGUUAAUUUUCCAUUUUUAGGAACUACUUUAUAUUCCUGAAGUUUCUGUCAUAGAACAAUAGUGGUGCGUAGGGCUUUUCGCACUCCAGGGGAAAACUUAAAUGACAAAUAUAUGCAUGUUUGCAUUGAAAUUUUGUGAAAAGAUUGCCCCACAAAUUACAUUCUGGAAAAUAUUUUUUCAAAAUGUUCACAGUGGAAACCACUUGAAAGCUUCUCUUUAUUAUUCAUACCACUGUAAAUUUCUUUCUUUCCCACAUUCAGAACAAGUCUGGCACCAUAUGCAGAGCUAAUGGGAUUUCAUGGGGUGUUAAUAGUAAGACUGUAAGAAGAACUAAUACAGUAUUGUAUUAAUUAACAACUGUACUAAACUGCAGAGGGUGUUAGUGUAACCCAAAAGCAUCUAUGAUUUAUAUUCAAACAGCAGCUGUAUAAGCCUGGAUUUGAAAAUACUAACAUACGUACCAUCUCCUUAAGGCUCACAGAAAUUACACAUUAAACUUCUUGUCCUGCUCAUAUAGGUGCAGAAAGUGCUGUGGGAGGACAGAAGUUCAUUGUGCAAAAAACCUCAGAAUUUGAAAUCCUGCUUCAUUCUGAAUGAGGACAAGAAGGGAGAAUUUUGAAAUUCUUUAUGAAGGAACACCAGACAACCACAGGCUUUUCCAGGUUGAUUAAAAUUUUUAGCUCAGACAAAAUCAAAUGUUUCUUUUGAAUUGGACUUUUAAAGUAAUUUGCACUUAAAAUAUAAUUAAAUGCAGUAAAAAUCAAAUUAAAUAUGGCUUGUUCAAAAUUUUAGAAAUGAACAAUAACAUUAGAAUGGACUGUUCUGACUCUGUCAGAAUUUUUAUCAUGUUUUAUUCCCCUGAGAUACAAUUCUGGCAAGACUGAUCAGACUUUUCAAAGAGUCGCAUUAUGACAAACCUCCAUGUUCUGAUGGAAAGAGGUUCUAUAAAACAUCCUCCACAUGACUGUAGGCACAGUUGUCUCUGUCAAAUACUGUCAUCUGCGUUAGAUUAACUCACAUAGAAGCCUGAAGAUAACGAGAUCAGGGAACAUCUCAGCUGGAUUUUAGUACACUUUGCCAUCCUUUGAUAACAAAUCUCAAGUUUUGGUUUAAUUGCAUAACUCCUCUAGCAAUAUGGUUGCAUAUGUUGAGAUUUUCCAAUUUAUGGCAGAGGGCUUCCUGCCAUCAAAUCUUAUCCAGCAAUUGUUCUUUUAAUGUGCCAUCACUAAUUGUAGCAUUAAGGAAAACAACCUUGGUGAUUUGGUGAAUAUUCUGGCGUGUCGUAUAACCUAGAAACCCAUGGUUCCCAUGACACAGAUGCUUCUGGAAUGUUUUGGCUAAUUCUUCCAUUCUAAUCAACCAGUAAUGGACAUAAAUUGAGUAUAUAACAUUAUUGAAAACCCUAGGUGAACACUUACGUUCUGGAACUGUCCCCAGAACUAAGUAGUUCAAAUUCCCUUUAAGCCACUACAACACUUUCAUUCUGCUGAGGCUGUAAAAGCUAGUGUGGUCUUUUCGUGCACAUGAGUUUGUGCAGGUACCUGAAGGAAACCCAGUCAUUUGUUUUAGAGGAAAGAGGCAUCGGUCCUAUAGUUUGUGACCCUGUGUUAGCAGUAACAGGAGAAUAUUUUAAAGGCCUUUACGUAGAUUACAAAUUAAUUUGUCCUUCAUCAUUUUUAUUUCCACCCAGAGACAUCUGCCAUGGUGCAGAAUACUUGGGGACUGCUGGAGAUCCUAGUACUAUCAUGCCUGUGCCAGGCAUAUCUGAAUGGUGUUGGUCACUACAAUGGUGAGAGAUUGGCGUUAUGGAAAUAGGGAAGUAAACAAUUUUAUACAAAUGUAAACAGCUGCCACAUCUCAAAGGGCAGAAUAUAUCAGCUGUUCACUUACACACCAGAAUGGGUGCAGUUCAGUAAUGAGAGACUCAGUUCCAAGAUGGAUAUAGAAUGUAAAGUGGUUUAGGAUAAAAGGUAGAAUAUAAAUGACUGGUACUGUUAUCAGUGAAAUACAUUUUACAAGGUAAAAAUGUUUUUCCCAUAUUUUGUACAUCUUUCCUAUUUGAAUUUCCAGAAUACAUAUACAUAAACAUAAACAUAUAAUGAAAAUUGGUUCCCUUAACUGUGUGAGAACAGAGACAAGUAAAAUCUUCAUUUAGUAGAAAAAAACCAUAUUUCAUGGUUCCCACAUUCCUGGAAAUUAAUGUUUCAUGGCUAUGUUGCUUCCCUAAUAAAAUAUUAAAGAUUUUCUGCUGACAUAAUGAACCUCAAGAGUAAAGAAACACAAGCCCUCCAGGGCCUUAAAUGCAUGAGAUUGCUGCAGACUGAAUAAUAUUUUGGUUUCCUCCUUUUCCAAGGUAUAUUUUAAUUCAGCAACUCCCAAUCAACCAGUGUAGGCCACCCUUAAAUGUUCAUGAAUUUGGGCAAGGUCCACACUUUUCCACUACUACUACUACUACUACUACUACUACUAAUAACAAUAAUAAUAAUAAUAAUAAUGAAUCACAAAUUUCAAACAGAAGAUCUUGCUUAGAAGUCAUCUAUAUAUCAGUUGCUCUUUGGUGUUCAAAGACUGGAUAAUCAACACAGUUGCUCUGCCUCAACUUUCAGGUUAUUUAAACGAUGCAUUUACAGAAGCCUUUAGCUCAUCAGAUUGCAGUGGGAGUUUGAAUCCCAAAGGUUUGGUGUUCAUUUAAGACUCCUCACCAAUCUCAAUAUUACCAGAAAUUUAAUCAUAGAACAUCCAGGGUCCUUCAAGCUCAAGCCCUUGUUCAUCACCAACAGGUAAUUAGUGAAAUACCCAAUUAGUUUUUCAAUCAGAUAUUUCUCCCAGGCAAUUACUACUCAAGUAAACGCUUAGCUGAAGUGCAGUGAAGCCUGCUUCUGCCGUGUCCCUACCAAAGCUCUUGGUAAUAUCUGGUUUCCCCAUAUCAGGUCCUGUGCUUCUGUUCUGUGUGGACGAAGGCCACAUAUUAUCUUUAUUAUAUAAAUGUGAGGUUCCUUACAAAAGAGAUCCUCAAGCCCUACAGUAGCCCCCAAAUGCAACCCAAACAUAAUGUAAGGAAGCAAUUAUGACAGCAGUCUGAACAGCAAUCCCAACUGUGCAGCUCCAGCAACCAUCAAAGCUCAAGCUGUUCAUGUUGCAAAGGCAACUCAGACAUUACAAAUGUCCUUUCAUUCCUCAUUGGAAGAGAGCGCCAUCAUUUUGAAACAUAUUGCUGAAUGGAUAUUCUAAAAUAUUUUGUUUCAGAAAUACUAAAAUGAUCAAAUAUUUUUAGUUUGACCUUCUUGUUUGUUUAUAUAAUGUGGUCUAAACUGACAUGUUAUGUGAGAUGAUAAUAUAAUAAUACAUUAUAUAGUAUUGUAAUAGUUGAAGUAAAACAUUAGUUUCCUACAGAAUACAGUAAUAAAAUAAGUAUGUUCCCUGCCCCCAGAUUUAGUGAAACAAGUCAGCAAAUUCCAGAGGAGACAGUAAUUUCAUGAGGAUCAGUGCUGGCAAGAAGUAUUUGCCCUAGCUCUUUUUCUCCAGACAUCCCAUCCACUCUGGCAGUUCGCAGUGUGCCUAGUCUAGGGAACAGCCACCUUAGGCUCUUUGACAGGCAGGAAGAAGAAACUGGCACCUCUAGAGCAAUUCAGACCACCUCAGAGCUGAACUGGUUUGAAAUAAGAGAGUCUCCCCUCUCCUGGGUGGUUGUAUAGUGGGAAUGAAAGUCCAUCGUUGUUACAACCAAUUCAGUAUCUUCUUUGUUAAUGUCAAACAGAAGUGCAGUGUGAUCUGAGGAGCAGUGACUGUCAAAACCAGAAAAAGACAUGGACUUGGAUAACCAAACACCCAUUAAAAAUCAAAGGCAUGGUGCCAGGGCACUACAUUAAUGGGAGCAAUGUGCAUAGUGCCAACUGACAAAGGCUUUGCCAGUUAUUCCACUGAGUGCCCCGAGUACCUUUAUGCCAUUCACUUCUUUUUUCCAUUCUCUUAAUCCAGGCUCCCCAGAGCGUUUACAGUGGCAUAUCAGGCAGUAGGCUUGUCCAGAGGAACUUGGCUGUUACGUGUGAUUAAAACCAGUUGUGUUGCAUCCCAUUCCUCUUCUCUUCCUUUGAUGCUUCUUCCAACUUGCCAAGAAAAUCCCUCUUCCACUUGCCAAAAAUGAUUUGUUCUCUGUGGACUUCACCACAUCUCACUGAAGUAAAACAGAUUACCUUUGAUUUUAAGAGGAGAUAAUUCUGUUUAUCUGAAAGCAAUAACAACACGCUGUAUUUCAAACAUACAGGUUAAUACCCGUCUCUUUCAAUUGAUGUCAAGUAGGGACUCCCAGACCUUUGUACCAAACAAAGCCCAGGUUCUCAUCAUCACCAUAAGUAACAAUAUUUAUAUGAUACUAUACAUCCCUAGACCUUGAAGCGUGCGUUAUCAUUGUGUUCAGGAUAAGGAAACUGAGGCACAGAUGGGUGAUCUGGGCCACAUUACAGCUUUACCUAAGUGGUAGCUGUGAGUGAUUAACACCUCCACAAAUCAGGCCACUACAGGAACUACAGAGUGUUUUGCAGGCAGACAUAAACUUAUUCUGGUUGUACUUGGAGCAGAUUGAAACAUCAUGGUUGUGGUUAGCCUGCUUAUUAGGCCAACCUGAUAUGUCUUGCAAAGAGAGGGCUCAGGCUGAAUGUUGUGCUCAGGAACACAAACACCUUCUGUUCCUUUCAAAGCAUUGGAAGAAAAAACCUGGUGUAUGUCUGCAGCAAAAAUAAAGACAGAAAAUUGGUGGAAA